UUCAUUUAACAACACAUGGUCAAAAUACAUAGAAGAUUUUUUCAAAAUAAUUCCAUAAAAUGAGCACAAAGAAAGGAAAUGUUCAGCGAACUCGAGCACAGAAGCAUCAGAACCGCACGCCAUUCAAAAAUGACCUUCACGACACUUCGAACAAGAUAAAAAUCAUAAAUGCCAUCAAAAUAGCAGAAGUUUGUGAGCGAUGCAAGGAAAUUAUCGACUGGAAACGCAAAUAUCGGAAAUACAAGCCACUGUCACAGCCAAAAACUUGCAACAAGUGCGGGCAACGAACGAUUAAACAAGCUUAUCACGUCUUAUGCACUCCCUGCGCCGUCGAAAAUCGUCAAUGUGCGAAAUGUUUGGUGUCUGCCGAUGAAGCUCACAUCUUGCCUCCCAACAAAACGCGAGAGGAAGAGGAAAAAGAACAAGCUGAACUCGAUAAAUUGUUGAAAAAUCUCCCGGAACGCAAGAGAAGAACAUUUUUACGGUAUUUGCGGAAGAAAAAUGAGCCAAGCAAAGAAGCUGUCGACGAAGAUGGCAUCGAUAUUAGUACAAAAAAGGUCGAAAAACACGAAUUGGAUGCUGAAAUCCGUAAAAAAUUCGACGAAUUGAAGUUAUUGAACCAAAAAAUGGAUGAAGAGCUCGGAUUUUUGCACGAUUUGGAUGAUUCUGAGCUGGAAGGUGAUAGUUACGAUGAAGAUGAGGAUGAUUUGGAAGACGAAUCUGAGGAAGAAUCCUAA